GGAUCGAUUCAAUUCUACCUUCAACCUCAAGUCCUGGUGUUAAUUGUUAAUUGCGUUCUAUAUCCCGCGCGGUAAACCCCUCUUCUUCGCCGUUCAAACGAGAUCCCCUAUUAUUAAAAGUACGACAAGUUGGGGUAGUAAGUAGUCAAAAUGGCAUCUGAGAGCAAAGGUCGUCUUGCUGGUAAGAAUGCCAUAAUCACGGGAGGUGCUGGCGGAAUUGGUCUCGAAACAUCAAUCCUCUUUGCAAAAGAAGGUGCCAAUGUUCUAAUAGUCGAUAUCUCUGGCCCGGCGUUGGAGAAAGCCAAAGCCAAGGUCUUGCAGCUGGUACCGCAAGCCGGCCGAGUGGAAACAAGAAUCUGCGACGUGUCCAAGGAAGACGACGUAAAGGCGACGGUAGAAUAUUUGGACUCGUGGGGCGGGCUAGACGUCAUCUUCAACAAUGCGGGUAUCAUGCACGCCCGAGACGACGACGCGGUCGGUACGCCCGAGGAGAUAUGGGAUCUCACCAUGUCGAUUAACGUGAAGGGCGUAUGGUACGGGUGCAAGCACGCGGUGCUCUCCCUGCGGCGCAACAAGAAGACCAAGGGCAGCAUCAUAAACACCGCGUCCGUCGUCGCCCUCGUCGGCUCUGCGACCCCGCAGCUAGCGUAUACCGCGUCCAAGGGAGCCGUCCUAGCCCUGACGCGCGAGCUAGCUAUUGUGCACGCUCGCGAAGGUUUCCGCUUCAACAGCUUGUGCCCGGCGCCCUUGAACACGCCGCUGCUACAGGAUUGGCUCGGAGACGACGUGCCGAAGCGAAUGCGGCGCGAGAUCCAUUUCCCGGCUGGAAGGUUUGGCGAGGCUAUAGAACAAGCCCAAGCUGUGCUGUUCUUGGCCUCUGAUGACGCUGGCUUUGUUAACGGCCACGAGAUGGUGGUAGACGGCGGCAUGAGCAAGGCGUACGUCACACCGGAGGGACCACCUCUACCUGCCCCUACGAAUAAUGCGUUGAAAAACGAGCUAUGAUUGGAGGGGGAGGUUCGAAAUGCUCAUAAUAAGGAAGAAAAUAUUUUAAAAACCAACGAAACCGCCUGUCUAUGCGUGACCAACCAUACAAUCCGCCAGUCAA